GAAAGUUUUAAAUAACGAAUCCAAGAUGAGAGCGGAAGUUCAUAAGGCUACAACUUCCCGCCAAGUUUAAGGAAAUUAAACAAACAAAAGAAUGUUGUUAAGAGGUCAGUGACAGUUACAACAUGGAAAUCCUAGAGACAGAGUCUUUGACAAAGUCUGCCAAGAAGAAGAAAGAUUUCUUAGAUGAGCACGCAAGGAAGAACAACCGAAAGAUUUCCGAUUUCUUCAAAACUCCUGAGAAGCAAGUGGAAAAGCAGAGACAGAAAAGUCUGUUACAAUUCUUUGGGAAGUCUGGCCAAGAAGAUGAAGGGAGGUUAGAAGACAAUGUAGUGGCAAUUGUAGAUGAUGUAAUUGUCAAUGGCACUGAAGUAACUACCCCAACUAACAGCGACAAAGAAAAUAAUGAAGUGGUUGAUGAUAAUGGAACCAAAACUGAAAAAGGGGAAAGUAAAUCAAAGUCAAAGAAGAAACAAAGAGGUUCAGAAAGUAGUAAUGAUGACAGUAACACUGGACUACAACUCAAACACUCUCAAAAUGACAGUGAUGCUGUUGAAGCAAAAAAGGAUAAGAAGCGCAAAAAGAAUAGAAAAUCAAAGGAAAAAAGGCCAGAUGACAAGCUUUCUGAUUCUGUAAUACUUUUAUCAGAUUCUAGUUCAAGCAAUCUACUAAGUAUAGACAGCAAAGAAGUAGAAACUGAAAGCAAUGACGUGCCUGGUGUUGAAUCAGUGAAAGAAAUUCCAAAAAUUGGUGGUAGUGGUCAGGAAGGAAAAACAAAUUGUGGCCAAGGUGUAAAAGCAACAGAAGAAAACGAAGAAGUUGAGAAAAUAGAAAGUGGUGAAGAAUGUGAAAUGGAUGUUGAUGAUGUUGAAGCACCUUGUAAAAUAGGAAUGGAUGACUUCACUGAUAAAAAGGAGGAAACUGGGCUGAAGGAUAAUGAAGAUAAAGUUGCUAGUAAAAUAUCUUCAGGUAAUGCUUGUAAAGCAGGAGAAAUGAUACUUACCAAAAUUGAAAACAGUGAUAAAAUAUCUGAAGCAACAAAUAGUAUGGAAGAUACAAAAGAAAAAUCUGUAGAAAAACAUGGCACUAGUAAGCAAGAAAAGACAAAGAAAAUAAAGAAAAGUGCUGAAUAUAAAAAGGUGAAAAAUUUGAAAUCUGAAUCUUCAAAUGCAGUUCAUAAAUUUUCGAAAGAGGCUGAAGAAGAAUUAGUGGAAAAGGUUGAAAAUACAGUACAGAAAGAAAAACAAGGGGAACAGAUGAAAAGUGAGAAAAGAAAGUCCAAGAAAGGUGCAUUGAAAGGAAAAGACAUGCUUAACUUAUUGAAAGAGAUUCAGUCUGCUGAAUCUGAAGACAAAAAUAAAAAGAAACAUAGAAAGAAGCAUAAACAUAACAAGACAAAAGGAAAACAGGAAAAGGAAGUUCUUGAAAUUGCGGUGUCAGAAGAUAAUUCUGAAAAGGCAGAAAUGAAUAUAGUAGAGAAUGAAAUUGUUGAAGAGAAUGACAAACAUUUGCUUUCUGCUGAAUGUGAACAGGAUAAAAGAAGUAUAGAAACAUGUAAUGAAAAUGGUAAGAAAGCGACAAGGAGAAGUAUUGUUAAGGUAGUUAAAAAAGAUGUAAACGAUGGAAGUCAGAAAGAGAGCAACAUUAAAGAGGAUGCUAAACAGUUGAAAAAUGAUAGCAUAAAAUCUAAAAGAGGCAGACCAAAGAAAAAAGUAGUAGGAGUUUCUGUACCAGGGGAUUCAAAUCAGUUAUCUUACAAACACUUUACAGAGACUUUGGAUUGUAAGAAUUCACAGAUGCAGGAAAAGAAGGAAGAUCAUGCUGAGACGAAAGAAAUGUCUUACACUGAAUACCUGCAGUUAAUGGAAAAAGCAAAUGCUGGUGACAGUGUUGACUUGUGUGAAUCUGACACUGAAAACGUGUCUGAGUCUAGUGCUGAAGAGGAUGCAGUUCCUGAAGAAAACGUUAAUAGCUCUGGGAAACCUGAUGAAGAUAUUCCUGAACUUGACACGAUCUCAGAAAAAAGUAAUAUUAAAAAAUUCUUUACAGUAAUGACUUCAACACCAGACAGAGAAAAGGUUAACAAAAAAACUGGAAAAGUACAUUCGAAAAAGACUAGAAAGGCUAAAACUUCAAAAUUAACAAAACCAACUAAAGUUACAAAUGAAACUGAGCAAGAUAAGGAAUGUGAAAUAAUAGAAAGUAAAAAGGAAGUGGAAGUUGAAUUGGAUGUGGAAACAAUUGAUGUUGAAAAAACGGUACCAGAGUCACAAUCAGAAGUUAUCAAAACUGAUGUGCCAAAUAACAGCUUAUUUUCUAUAAAGAAAACUCAGGCUACUCUAAGUUUCGGUAAAUCAGGUCUUACAGUUUCAAAGCCAGUUAUAAAUUCAGAUGAAGAAGACUCAAAGGACAAAACAAAUAAAAAAUGUGCAACAUCUGAUCAAAUUGAGAAACACAGAGAAUGUGAGGUAGACAUGAAAAAAGCAGAAAAACCAAAACGUGGGCGAAAGUCAAGAAAAGACACUAUAGACCUAGAUACAACCGACAAUUCAGUCUUUGCUACACCAGAAAAUGUUAAGAAAAGAAAAGCAAAGAGAAAACUUGAGGAACAUGAGGAAGAGGGAUCAGAAUCGGCAGAUAGCGGAGAUAGACGAAGGUCACUUAGAAAGCGGUACAAAGUCGAGGCCUUCCAGAUGGAUGCAGAUAAGAAGACUCCCAUCAAAAUUAAGCUUAAAAGGUAUCCAAAGAGUAGCAGCAGUGGUGAAGAUAUUGAAAAGUCUAGUUUAAAUGUUAGAAAACUCAAGCCUACAGUGAAGCAAACUACGGCCCUUGCUCUAUUGGAAAAAGCUAAAAGAGGAAAGCGUAAAAAGCAUAAGAUGAAUAAAGACAAAGAAACAUUUAGCCUGAAGAAACAGAAAGAAUCGAAGAAGCAGAAAAAGGACCUAAAGAAGAGAAAUGAAUCUAAUUCGUCUGAAGAUUCGGUGACUCGCAGAAGUUCUAGACUAGAAGGCAGGGUUAUGGCAUCCAUGGAAGAGGUUUCCCUGGAAAAUAUUGUAAUUUCCUCUUCUGAGGAUGAGGGAGAUGGUGUAAAGAAAGUAAAGAAAAGGGGACGUCCAAAGGGGUCAAAGAAAGUAAUAGGGGAGCUUCCAAAGAAAGCUGCAGAUACGGAUAUUGCGGAUAAUAAAAGUACACCAAAGAAAGAUGGUGUGAAGAAGAAGAUUGGUAGCCCAUGUAAAAGUAGAACACCUUCGAAGAAAACAGGUAUGAAACUUGCCCCAAUGUUUUUAAUGGGAAAGAAUAAACCCGCUGAGCCAUCACCCAAGAAACCACCUCUAGAUCCAGAGCUGGUGAAACAGAGACAGCAGUUCCUUAUGAGCGGGGUACCAGAAGAGUUACAAAAACAGACCGCUACCAGGAUUGCUUCACAAGUAGAUGCUGAUUAUCCUCCAAUACCAAAAACCAGUCAUGUUCUACAGGCUCCUGCAGAUCUUGUAUCAUCACAGACUGGAAUGAUUAAUGUUUGGGAUUUGAGCCCUGUUGAGCUGAAACUUCGCCAUGUUAUUAUUCCCAUCUCUAUCCACCCACUAGCAAGAUUUACAGGAAGUCUGAUAAACGGAAUUGAAAAUAAAUCUGUUGAUUUUGACAGAAUGAAGAAUUUCAAGCUUCAUGCACCAAUACCAGAUGAUAUGAUUGAGUUGUGCCAGAAAGAAAUUGCUUGUUUCAACUCCACAUACCCUGUUACCUCAAUGUAUAAAGCUUUGAAGGAAAUGAAGACUGAAACUGAAAAACCUCCCCCUAAGUCAGAAUCAAUGUUGAAGACGGACAUGAAGGGUAUACUGGAUGGUUGUACAGAUAUGGUGGUCAUUGACGAGGGGGAUGAAGAUCAAGGGAAGAAAAAGAAGAAGAAAAGCCUGAAAUUACAGAAGAAAGAAAAGACAGAGGAAAAGGUUGAAGAACCCAAAGUAGAAGAUAAACCUAAAGUGACAGGUUCGAGUCUAUUGUGGACAGAGAAGUAUUGUCCUGCGAAGACAUCUGAAGUGUUGGGUAACUCUGGCGUAAUGAAGAAGUUGAAGACAUGGUUGACUGAGUGGAAACAUGUACUAGACAGGGAAGCCAGAAAAGCUAGAAAAUUACUCAUGAAGAAAAAUAGAGGGAAACAAUUGCCAAGUAAAAAAGAUGCUGAUGAUUUAUGGGAUGAUGACAGUGAUUUCGACAUGGACAGUGAGGAUAGUGAUGAUGAUGAUUCUCUUUGUAACACUAUGCUCUUGUCAGGGCCUCAUGGAUGCGGGAAGACCAGCUCUGUAUAUGCAUUGGCCCUGGAAUUAGGAUUUAAGGUACAUGAGGUGAAUGCCUCGUCGUGUAGAAGUGGGAAACAGAUUCUGUCACAGCUACAAGAAGCUACACAGUCACACCAAGUAUCUAGUCAAGGGAAUCAUACACCUAGGAAAAAUACAGCUCUUGGUGACAAAUCGAAGCCAGAAAACAAGAUGCCAACUGCAUUUACAAAUCUUUUCAAGAAGGCAGCAGCACCAGCAGCAGAGAGUAAACAAGAGGAAAAGCAAGCAGGAAGGAAGAGAAAAAGGAACAAAUCUGAUAAAGAAGGAAACCCCGAAAAUAAGCGAGAGAAGCGAGGAAAUGAAAUGAAACACAAGAGCUUGCAGCUGGUGAUUGAGGACAGUAACUCCCAGAGUGCUGCCAAGAGUCUGAACCUGUCUAGUACAACACUGAUACUGUUUGAUGAGGUUGAUAUAGUGUUUGAUGAGGACAGGGGAUUUUUGUCUGCGAUACAGAAUUUCAUGUCCAACACAAAGAUUCCCAUUGUCCUGACUACAGCAGAUCCAGGCUUCACAGAUACAUUUGAUGGCAGAUAUGAACAAAUGAACUUUAAAAGACCAUCUGUGGCAAGCAUUACAACUCAUCUACAGACCAUUUCAUUGGUUGAGAACAUGCGAACAGAUCCCAUCACGUUAGCGGAACUUGCUCAGUUCUACCACUGUGACAUGAGAAGGUGCCUUGUAGCUCUUCAGUACCUUUUGGAAUCUGGAGGAGGACACACGAUCUCCCACAAAGUUAUACAAGUUGUUAAAAAUUCCCAGAAAACUGCAGAUGCUCUAGGGUUAGAAAUGGAGAAUUCGCAAAGCAGUAUACAAAGUGACAGUUACUUUACUCUCAAGACAGAAAAAUUGAACAUUGAUCAGAAAAGUGAAAUGAGUAGAGACGUUGAUAAUAGUGACGAUGAUUUUGUUUCAAUUAAGCCGUUAAAGAAGAGGCGACGUGUGUUGGAAGAUGAUAAUUCUAAUUCGGUAGACACUUGUUCUCAAGUCACUUUAAAUAGGCAGACAGAGGUUAUAGCUGUAGAUGAUAAUGAGGAAGUGAAGAAUUAUCCUCCAGUUCAAAGUAUAGGGUUGGAGUCUCUCAUAGGUGGCAGAGAUAUCUCCAUAGCUGAUUUUCUUACUCAGGGACUGAAGGCCAAGUCAGCUGCCACUCUUCAGGAAAUGAUUUGUACAUGUUGUUGUAUAAAACAGACUUCAGGGAUGGAUCCCUUCUACAACAAUCUACACAUAGUGUUACCAUUUACUACAAAAGUAGUGGACUCUGUGUUCAAAGUGUCUCAGGACUCUAGUAAUAGUAAGUCUAAAAAGAGAAAAAGAAUACGAAUAGAAAGUGAUUUAUAUGAUAGUGAAGCGUCAAAUGAUGCAAGUAAUGUUGAACAUUCUGAUAAUAAACUGGAAGAAGAGAUUGAAAAUGAUCGGACAGAAUCGGAAAAGUUGGCGAAAGGAAGCAGAGUGGAGAAUUUAUGUUUAGCGAAGAGUUUGUCACAUUUUACAAGAUUUUAUGACACAAUGUCAUCGUUAGAUGUGCUGGAAUCUAACGAUAGAAUGAAAAUUUGUGAUAAAAUGCAGAGUUUUAAGGGCAGGGAUGUGAAAGGUACUCUUGUUGCAGGCGUGGGGAACGAGCUUGCCAGUUUCCCGACACAGUGUGAAUUAGAUCUAGACUCUCAUAGAAUGUAUAGUUCAGAGAUUGAAACAAGAAGUAUAUGUAAAAUGUACAGGGAGUGCAGUGCAGUGAAGGAAGAGGCAGAAAAGUUGAAUGGUGAAAAUGAGACUUUUGCAGAAAACUUCACACUACUAGUCAGCAGGCAGAAUGAACAUUUUACCCUAGUCGAUAACAGUAGUAUAAGCAUUCCUGCCGAGUACAGAAGAGCAUGCGACAAUUCUGUGGACAAUCUACCUCUGGUUUCACAUUCACACCUUAGAACAGUUCACCUAGACUACCUACCAACUCUCAGGGAAAUCUGUAGAACAGAGCAGUGUAGACAGGUCACAAACACUAAAAGAAGGUUUCAUCAUUAUUUGGACAGUAUCACUCUUCCAUUAAAGGAUAGAACAAUGUCUACCCUAGCAACAACAUUUGUUUGACAUUUUCCAAGUAUUGGUGUCAGAGAUUAUGACAUUCCUGUUUAGAAAACCUCAAAUUCUGAGUGUAGACCAGUCUUGGGAAUGCAGGCUUGCCACUUAAGCCGAAAAUCAACCAAUUGGAUGCUGUGGUUUUAAACAGCUCCUUCAUGACAGGGCCGUAAAUGGCAGCACGUUUUACAUACUGUUACCGAGAAUUUCUUUUUUAUUCAAUAGCUCAUUUGUAUAGAUGAAUUUUGUAUCAAAGAGCAUUUUUGUAGAAAGACAAAUGUAUUUUUGUUAUGUUUAAUGUACAGUCUUGCGACAAAUGAAGUGUACACAUUUAUAGAACUGCAUGGCAAAGUUUAUAUCUUAUUGUCCGAAAAUAAUGGUGAAUGUACAUGUUUGUGAGUUUUACACAUUUAUAGAUGUUUUUAUUGGAGAUGUUUGGAUAAGAGUUAAUAUUUUAAGGUUAGUGUCAAACAUAAAAUGAUAAGUUGUUAUUCUGUAUGGAUGUCACAGUGUUGGAGGAUAUAAGGCUGAAAUACAGAUGGUCAUGUCACAAAUUGUUUUAUACUUGACACGGUUCAAUUCUUUGGAAUAUAUUGUUUUAGUUAGUUUGCUAGAGUACGGAUGUAUUAAUAGAGUUUUCUGUGGCGGUUUGAUAAAAGACAUUAUGUCUGAAAUCAUUCAUCCUCCACCUCUGAUAAAUGUGGGGAAGUUGACAGUUACUUGAGGAGAAAAGGUAUUACUGGUACAGUAUCUGGGAACACUGGCUGGGUUAUGUGCCUGCCAUUACAUAACUGAAAUACUGUUGAAAAACUGCUUUAAAACCAAAAUAAGCAAACUGUUAUUAGAGAAUAGUGAGAUAAAAAUAUACAUAUUCAUUCAUUGGUUAAAGUAUUACAUUUUCUUAUCACAAAGGGGACAGUUUUUAUUUAUUUUCCCAGCUGAAGUGCUUUGUGAGGUAAUACUGAUUAAAAGAACCUUAGAUUAAUAGAUUCAAAAUAAAAAUGUUGUUACAGCCUUCGGAAAAAGAUGCUUAUUCAAUUUGAAACAUGAAUUUCAUUAUUUACCUUCAUUCAGUUUAGAGCUUGAAAGGAUUUCAGUAAACAUACUGAUAGAAAUUCCUGGACAUUUCCAAAAGAGAAAAGUUAACAGAUAUGUUUUGUAAGUACUGUAAAAUCAGCAAUUAACCAGAGUGAAUUCUUUUCUGGUAUUCAUAAAAGAUAAAUCUCAAGAAAGUGUUUGUACUGUUUAAAAUGGCACUAUAUUCUCACAAGUUGGCCUUAUAUUCUCACAAGUUGGACCUAUAUUCUCACAAGUUGGCCCUAUAUUAUCCCAAGUUAGCCAUAUAUCAUAAAUAUUCUGCUACAGGUAACCAGUUAGAAUAUCUUCUGAUUUUACACUCCUACUCUAAAUAUAUUAUCUGAUUUUACACUGUCUCCUACUCUAUUCAGAAAGCAUGUUUGAAUUAUGGUGCAGUUAAUGUUAUCUUGUUUGAAUAUGUUUUUCUUCUGUUUACAUCUAAAUAGAAUUAAAUGCUUUAAAGCAGGUCUGUGAUCAUACUUUAAUCCAAUUAAUAGGUUAAGGUCAUGCACCAAGGUAAAAUUUAUACAGUCCUACCUUAACUGCUACAUAGAGGACUUUUGAGAAUAUUUUGAAUAGCAAGAUGAAUUGUCCAGCACAGUACCCCAACUAAAGGUUUCAGCAAAAGUACAAGGUCCUUUAUAUAAAAUCCACACCAUAUCUCUGUGUUUUAGCUAUACUUUCGAGAAAUUUAUAACAUGAGCAUAUUUCUGUGGUUGAAGGUGGGGAUAGAUAUAUGUGACUUGAGGGAAACUGUUUAGGCAAUAAUGAGACUUUGCCGAGUAAUCACAAAUCAGUUACUUGAUAGUCAGAUUUUUCCAUCUGCACCUUCAACAAGUGAUAGAUUCUUUUACUUGCAAGCCAUAUUCUUUAAUUGACAGAAGAAAUAAAGUAAAACAUACGAUUUUCCUAUGAUAGUGUCUGAAUUUAUGCAUUCAUUCAUAAAUGGCAGCAUGCCAGUCAUCGUACAGCCCCAGGGUGUAAGACACGUUUUUCUAGCACUGUUUUUGCCCUGGGAAAAUCAUGUCUGGCAUUCAAGAAUAAUUAUUAUUAUAUGAUGACAUUUUGCAUAUACAUUUGGUUUAAGCUAUGUGAUUGGAGUACUCCAAAUAAACUUUCAGUUUCAAAUUUCAGUUCAGGGGUUUUGGUCAACCAUAGAAGGAUGUAUUUUUUUUGUACAGAUUCUUUUAUUUAUAAUGAAAAUUUUAGAUAUUGUAUUCAGUUUAAUAUACCCAUUGAAUGAAUUAUUUAUAUUUAUGUAUAUUUUAUGAAUUAUUAUUUGCAUGAGACAGAACUCGUUUUAAUCAAGUAGAAUCAGUUAGAAGAAAUGAUAUUGAAUGGAAACUUAAAGUAACUUGACUAAAAUUGAAAUGUCAUCUUUCUGCAGUUUUCCAUUAAUUCCUUGAUAUUUGUACUUUUGAUGAACUAUAAUGCAAUGUUAUAUAUCUAAUAUUUAUUUCUUGAUUUUUGUGAUUGCAAGUAAAACUUUAAACAUGAAAAAGUCUUUGUUAUUUA